AUGGCGGACAUGAUACCGGAAAGCGAAGUGGAGACGGUGGUGGCCCCAACACAGGCCAACAACCCGGGAAUGGGCAGCGCGGGCUCAGAACAGGUGUGCUUCGAGGAGAUGGACUACGACAUGUUCUGCGACCAGUAUACCCAAUGGCAGUCAGGAGUGAUCGACGACGCCCAGGUGAUGCGCCGCUUUGGUGUGGACAUCCUGCAGAUCAUGCAAUUACAGACGGCUAUGGAGUCGCAUACACAGCUGGACGGAGAAGACCCGUACACGGAGAUACCAGAUGGAGGGGAUGAGGGGCUGGGUGAUGGCUCACAGGGUGAAGCUCAGCUACAAGCAGGGAUGCAGCAGAAGCAAGUGGAUACGAGUUCAAGGGGUCCAACGAACGACGACGAGUCCAAGGGAAGCGAGGGAUGA